UCCCCCCUGGCCGAGCGAAGGUGACGGCCCCGUGUGGCUCGCGCGGCCCAGUGGGGCGGUAUCGGUCGCGGUGGAGACUUCACCUGCCACGGGCUCUCACUCUGACCCGGUGAACAUUGUAAGAGUGAGGAGGGCAGGAGCCGAUAUCAGUUCCAUUGGAGAAGCACCAUAACCGGCGACGAGCGGCACAAGGUCGGAGCGUCAAAUUUGCAUUCGGAGCGUGCGCACGAGCUGCGGCACGGCGGUGACGACGCCGGGCAGACGCCGCGCUGGACCGAGCAUCGUAAGGAAAACGGCGACCGGCCGACCGAGGACACCAGGACAUUUCCUGCAGGACCGACUCAGACCGGCGUAAACCGCUCAGGAGCGACCCACGCGGAGACUGCCGCGAUUCUGAUAGAACGUCCAGUGCAUGCGUGCGUGCGUUCGUGCGUGCGUGAGAAAGUGACGAGGUUGAGCGAGCAAAACCGUGUCCUGUGGUGGAACAAAUGAUCCCAAACAGCGAGUGGUAACGGGAUCGCCCAUCCGAUCCACCUCAUCCAUAUCUUCCUUUCAUCUCCAAACGGGACCUUUCUCCUCCGUCAAACGUUCAGGAAGAUGCGGCCGCUGCCGACACUUCUCUUCGCCUGUCUGAUCGUCGCGUCUGUCACGACACAGCUGACUGACGACGGGGCCUACCAGCUCUUCGACGAGUUCCACGAGUGGAGACUGCGCGAUGACCCCGAGUUCGCCACCCGACAGGGGCGCCACGAGUACGAUCACCAGCUGACCGCCCGCUCGGCCGCAGCUGAGGCCAGCAGGGUGACAACAUGCGAGACCUAUCUGAAGGAAGUCGACCGUCUCCUCAGCAAGGAGCCUUCAUUCGACGUCACCACCAGCCUGCUGGCUCUGAAGGCCCUCCUGCAGGACUUUCUGGACGGUUUCGAGCACACCGGCUACCUGCUAGGCGUGGACUCUGAUCUGGGCGACCCAGCGGCCACGCUGGCCGACCUCGCCUCCUGGACGUCUCUGAGGACCGAGGAGGCCCUGGAGAGCUGGCUGAGCCGGCUGACGGCGCUGCCCCUGCAGCUGACCGAGCUGACGGAGGUGAUGCGGCUGGGGAUGGAGCGCGGCAUCACCUCUCACCGACUGGCUGUGGAGCUCCUCCCCGAGAGUCUGCGCGCGCGUAAUGUGUCGGUAGAGGAGAGCGAGUACUUUGCGCCGCUGAGGGACGCGCCAGACACCAUACCGGAGGAAGUGCGACUCACACUGCAGGAGCGCGGACGCGAGGUGGUCGCCGAGUCCGUCCUCCAGCCGCUGAUGGACUUUGCCGACUUUAUCGAGGACGAGUACCUUCCGCAGACGCGGACGGAACUGGCGGCCAGCAGCCUGGGCGAAGGGUUCUAUGAGACCUGCCUGGCUAAGUUUACCUCAGACGCCGAGCUGACGCCAGCGGAGGCACAUGAGCACGCUAUGGACGAACUGGAGCAUCUCGAACAGGAAAUUUCAGACGUCGCGGCCGAGAUGGCCUUCACCGGAUCAAUAACCGAGUUUUAUGAACGCCUGGACACGCAGGAGGAGCUCUUCUUCCCGGACGAGGAGUCCCUCCUGCUGCAACUGACGGAUGUCAUAGAGCACCGUAUUGCGCCGCAGCUGCCGGAGCGGCCGUUCGGUCAGCCCCGGUAUCAGCUGGACGUGGUGCCAGACGCCGACGCCGACAACGGCACAGAGUUUGUGCGCUACCGCGGACCGACGGCCGACGGCGUACGACCAGCCCGGCUGCUGGUCAACACCGCCCGGCGCACCGCCCGCUUCGAGUUGCUGUCGGCCGCACUGGCGGAGGCGGCGCCCGGCCGGCACAUGCGCCGCUCGCACCAGCUGGACGAGACCGAGCUGCCCGAGUUCCGGCGCAGUCCCGACGACCAGGCGGCCACGGGCGUGGCGCCGUCCGGCUGGUCGCAGCACGCCGCGCUGGCCGACGGCUGGGCGCAGUAUGCCGCCUCGCUGGCGGGAGAGCUGGGGCUCGGCGAGACGCCACUGGAGCGGCUCGGCUGGCUGCGGCGCGCCGCGCUCUGCGAGGCCCGCCUGGUCGUCGACACGGGCGUGCACGCGCUGGGAUGGAGCGCCGAGCAGGCGGAGCAGUUCCUCUCUGAGCGGGUGGCGCUGUCUGCGGACGCAGCUGCCGCCGAGCUGCGGCGCAUCGUCACCAGCCCGGGCCGGGCGGCCGCCUGCGCGGUGGGCGCCGAGCGACUGCGGCGGCUGCGCGGGAGAUUAGCCGGCCAGCUGGGCGGCGGGGUGGACAUGCACCGCACCUUCGAUCGGAUCGUGCUCGGCUGCCCGGGCCCGCUGUCCGUGGUCGAGCGCUGCGUGGACCGCGAGGUGGCGCUCAACAGCCUGAAGCUGAACCCAGCGGAGGUGAAGGCGGCGGCGUCCGCGACCAGGGUCUCCCUGUUGCUGACCAUGGCGACACUCGCCGCAGCCGCCCUGGCAGGGUAACACAGUCGCGGAUUUGGGAGCCAGAGCGAAGCCGAGUGCGCGGUGGAGUGACAUAUUACUAAGAGGAUCAGGGAUGACCGAAAGCCUGAUAACAGCAGUAGCAGAAACUGCUCGUAAGGCCAGGUUUUUGCCUGUGUUGGCAGGCUGGCAGCUGUCAGAACCCGUAGAGCGUAUUGGUGUAACAAGGCUUAAGCCCUACAUAUAUUUUCAAGGGAGCAAUUAGCAUGUUUAUGCACAAUACACAUGCACCUGAUUAAGCCAGAUAUACACUACCCUUGCUAGCCAAUGUUAACACAAUCAGACGACAGAGAUCAAGCACAGUUGGCUCAUGGCUGAUGAUGUAAAGUGAUUAAUAUUAUGUAAUAUGCUGACAAGUGACAUUCAAUGUUACUGAAUAUCUAUGCAGUCAUAUUCAAUAAAGAAGUGUGGAAAUGG